GUAUUCCCGCCCGCCUCCGCCUCCGCCUCGGCCUCCCCGCCGGCGCACCACGCUGCCACCCAUCCCCUACCCUCCGCCCCCCGAGCACGCAGAGAGAGAGAGAGAGAGAGAGAGACCGGCACCAGCACUAGUGAAUAAACAAGGGGUGCCACCGCACGGGCCGAGGCGAGGGAUAGGGGGAAAAGUUGGGGCGAGGAAAGCGGCGGGUGCCGGGGCGCCGGUGCCGAGGCCGCCUCCCUGCCGGCACGGCGCGCUGAAUUCCCCGCCGCCACCGCCCCCCCUCUCUCGAUCCCUCCGUCUCCACCCCCCCUCCCCACCCACCUUCCCGUUUUAAGCGUGCGCCCUCACUCCCCCCGCCUCCUUCGCCGCCGCUGCUGCGCUCCCUACUCCCCCAUCCUCGUCCCAGUCGCCGCGCCUCGGAUCUGCGCGCCGGAGCAGCCCGCCCGCCGAAUCCAUGGCGCGGCCGCUCGGCCUCGCCCUCGCCCUCCUCCUCGCCGUCUCAGUGACCGUGCCUCCGCCUGUCAGCUCCGCUGACGACCACGCGCGCUGCGAGGGGGCCGUCAAGGGCUGGGCCGACUCAGCCGGGGAGGGCGACAGUGGCGGAGACAAACUGAACCUCAAGGAUUUGCUCUUCUUCCUUCACAUUCCUAGAACCGGUGGGCGCACCUACUUCCACUGUUUUUUGAAGAAGCUGUAUACCAAUGCUCAGGAAUGCCCCCGCUCCUAUGAUAAGCUGCGGUUCGACCCGAGCCAUCCUGAUUGCACGCUGGUUGUUAGCCAUGAUGACUAUAGCUUAACUUCCAAGCUGCCAAGGGAGAGGACUUCCGUGGUGACAAUACUACGAAACCCAGUUGAUCGUGUGUUUAGCACGUAUGAGUUCUCAGUGGAAGUUGCAGCCAGAUUUCUUGUGCAUCCAAACUUAACAUCUGCCAAGACAAUGACCAGCCGUGUGUUAACAAAAUCACGUGCCGUAAGUACACUGGACAUAUGGCCUUGGAAAUACUUGGUUCCAUGGAUGAGAGAAGAUCUUUUCGCCAGGAGAGAUGCUAGAGGGAGUAAAAACGUGCAAAGUAGCAAGAAGAUUAAUGCAUACGAUGUUGAAGACAUGGUUAUGCCAUUGCACCAGUACAUCAAUGACCCUGUUGCCCAUGAAAUCAUUCAUAAUGGAGCUACCUUUCAGAUCACUGGGCUAACAAAUAAUUCUUACUUCGAUGGCGCACAUGAGGUUCGACAUUGUGUUAGAAAGCACCCUGAUCUUGGUCGUUUUGUGCUUCAAGUUGCUAAGAACAGGCUGGACCGUAUGCUGUACGUAGGACUUACAGAGGAUCAUGAGGAAUCUGCAAGGUUGUUCGCUCAUAUGGUAGGAGCACAAGUACUUUCACAAUCUGGAGCGUUGAAGUUAGAUGUUCAGGAAGAUCAACCUAGUGGCACCGACUCUCACUCGUCCAUGCUGGAUCAAGAGGAUGAAGAAACAAAUGAACAUAUGAAUAGCACCCAUGGCUGGAAAAAUAACGAAGGUCUGAACACUACCGAGGAUGAUCAUGGAAAAGGAAAUAUGACUGUUGGUAAACUGAUGGAAACUUACGAGGGUUGCAUUGCAAAACUGCGGAAGUCCCAGUCUAGCCGUCGCAAAAUAUCCCUAAAAAAGGUUGCAGAGGCAAAUUUUACGAAGGCGGCAAGGCGUCAGGUACCUCAGGCAAUUCUGAAUCAAAUUAUCUCACUGAACAGCCUUGACAUGGAACUCUAUGAGCAUGCUAAGAACAUUUUUAAACAAGAACAUCAUAUGCUUAAAGGCCAGCAUCCGAUGGUCGUGAAGCAGAAACAAUCGGCAGAUCAAAUGGUUUCGUCAAGCUCAUCAUAUAAAGGGCAGCAUCCCAUGGUCGUGCAACAGAAGCAAUUGACAGAUCAAAAGGACUGGAUAGAUAAGGUCUGCGAGUCCUGGAAUUGCUCUACGUGGUGGAAAGUGGCCUCAUUUGGUCUCGGGAUUGCGGUCACCACGGUUUUUGUUGUGUUUGUUGUAACAGGUAGAAGAACAUUAAAACUUAAGGUUUGAUAGAUCAGGAGGGCAUACAGCCCCUAGAUUUUCAUGUACAGCCGAUGUUGCCCAGGGACUUGCAUUGCUACUCUUUUGGGGCAAAGAUGUUAACAUGUGCUU